GGUGUGCAUGCGAUUGAUUGUUCGGAUUGUUCAGUUUCAGUCAACUGUGUGUGUGUGCCUUGGGUGAAAAUACAAAAUCAUCGCCGUCCGUCACCAGCAGAAAGUGUACAGCAAAUCCGGCUGUAGUGAGCCGUGAGUGUAUAUAUGCAGGACAAUAUUUUCGCCUUUGUGUGGUUCAAUUCGUGAUCGAAUCAUUUUUCACGCCAGCAGCGUAAGGAAAAGUACCGUCUCAUCCACAAAGAAAAGACCAAAAUUUUAACGUCGGAUAAUUUCCCGAGAAUAGAAGCGUUCCGAAGCAUUCGGAAAAGGACAAGUAGCGUUACACAGAGUUGAAUGGUAGUGAAACAGUGGUUCCGGAAGGUUUUUGCCAAAGUUUACAGAAACCAGUAAUCGGCCAAAUUUCUUCAGCCUGUCUGGAUUUAUUAAGUCGUGGAAUGAAUAUUGCAUAACUCGGAUAGGACGCAAUUCAGGAUAUUAAUGAUCCGAACGUACGAGAAAAACGCGAGACGCAGUACGGAGUGGCAGUAACUUUUUCAUUUUUUCUGGUUGAACCACAGAAGCUUUUCAGAGGAAGUGAGGAAUGAGCUGUGAGAGAACACCGUUCUGAUUUCUCGCACAUCGAAGAGAGCGCAGUGAGUUGCACAGCAAGAGAAAUCGAAUCCGCCUGUCCCCAGAGCCGCAGCAGAGUUAUAUGAUGUGCGAUUCUGUAAAGAAGUGAGUUUUUCUACCGCGACAGAUAAAAUACUAGCAAACGGAUCACGAAAAGGUAGCGCAUUUUGCCUUGGAAUAUUACGCCUCAUCGCAGGGAAAAGUGGAAGACCGUCAUCAGAGCAAGCUUCCAUUUUGCUAUUUUGCCUUCUCGCGUUAUUUGACAGUUCGACGACACACGGCAAAAGGAGCUCGUUUGGAACGUCAAAGGUUUUGCAUUCCGAGUGGAAAAAAGCUCUCGGACAGCGAGGUGUUGGACAGUUUAUUCGUUCAAAACCGGAACACACUUGUCGACGAGCUGGGAUUUCUUCCGACUGCGGACGGGGGCUUAAAUUUCCUCUUUUUUCUUAUUUUUCCUUUUCCCUCUGGUUAAUUCGUCUUACACCACCAUUCCCGUGUUGGUGUGCGUCUGGUCCUUUUCCUCGUGUGGCCGCGCUUAUCCGAAAACGAAAAUAACCUGAAAAUGUGUUGCGAAUACAUCACAAAAUAACACGCACGAAUACACAAACAAUAAUAACAACAAAAAAUGUCGUACGAUGACGGAACCAAAACGUUGUAAAUAUAAUUCCAGCGCCGCUAUGGAUUACGACAAAACCGUCGAAGCAAUGGACACGCAGGACGAUACAGAGUUAGAUCCCCCGAACGUACAGAAUCUUGUCCCGGCAGUGGUGAACAAUCCGGCAAACGGUGGAGGCAACAUCGCAGCCGGCGGUCCAGAACAGAUGAACAUGGACGAUCAGGAUAAUCUGGAUGAUGAGGUGCGCUCAGAGGCGACCUUUAGUUUUAAGGUAGAAAACUUGAGCAAGUUGACCGAUUCGACCCUCUCACCUGCCUACUAUGUAAGAAACCUGCCUUGGAAAAUCAUGGCCAUGAGGCGAAUUAACGACAGCACUGCACCACCGAGCAAAGGACUUGGAUUUUUCUUGCAGUGCAACGGUGAGAGUGAAAGUGCAAACUGGAGCUGCUCCGCAUCGGCAGAGUUGCGACUGCUGUCUGUCAUACCCGAUAAGGAUCCGUUCGUGCGCAAAAUUCGUCACACUUUCAGUCGUAUCGAGAACGAUUGGGGUUUCUCGUUCUUCAUGAACUGGAACGACAUUCUAAACCCGGAAUCGGGUUAUAUUCAAAAUGACGCCAUUACACUGGAAGUGCAUGUAACGGCAGAACCUCCUCGAGGUAUUUUCUGGGACUCGAAGAAGCACACCGGUUAUGUGGGGUUGAAAAAUCAGGGAGCUACUUGCUAUAUGAACUCUCUGCUCCAGACGCUAUAUUUUACCAACCAAUUACGCAAGGCAGUCUACAAGAUGCCAACCGAAGCAGACGAUGAUUGCAAAUCGGUUGCGCUCGCUUUGCAGCGAGUGUUCCAUGACCUGCAAACUCAGAGCAAGCCGGUUGGUACUAAGAAGUUGACCAAGAGUUUCGGGUGGGAUGCACUCGAUUCGUUUAUGCAGCACGAUGUUCAAGAAUUUCUCCGUGUGCUGCUCGAUAAGUUAGAGAACAAGAUGAAGGGAACCAGUCUAGAGGGAACCAUACCCAAAUUGUUCGAGGGUAAAAUGAUAUCGUACAUCAAGUGUCAGAACGUAGAUUAUACCAGCCGUCGCACAGAAACAUUUUAUGAUAUUCAACUAAACAUCAAGGGAAAGAAAAACAUAAACGAGUCUUUCAAAGAUUACAUCGCUACGGAAAUUUUAGACGACGAUAACAAAUAUGAUGCCGGGGAGCACGGUUUGCAGAAGGCGGAGAAAGGAAUCCUGUUCAGCAAGUUUCCUCCGGUGUUGCAUUUGCAUCUGAUGCGUUUCCAGUACGAUCCGAUAACGGACAGUUCGGUGAAGUUUAACGAUCGUUUCGAGUUCGAUGAGAAAAUCAAUCUGGAUUCGUUCCUGGAGAAACCGGAGGACACUCCGGCAACGUACAUCUUACACGCCGUGCUGGUGCACUCGGGCGAUAAUCACGGGGGACACUAUGUGGUGUACAUAAAUCCGAAAAACGACGGCAAGUGGUGUAAGUUCGACGACGACGUGGUCUCGCGAUGCACCCGGAACGAGGCCAUCGAGCAGAACUACGGUGGGCACGACAAUGACCUGAACAUACGGCAUAGCAGCAACGCGUACAUGUUGGUGUACGUUCGGGAAUCGGUGGUUCACGAGGUGCUGGAGGAUGUCAAAAGCACCGACAUUUCCAGCGAGCUGCAGGAGCGUUUGGAUGAGCAGCGGCGCAUCCAGCUGUGUCGCCGUACGGAGCGUACCGACGCGACCAACUACAUGACCAUUAAUGUACUGUUGGAGGACCAUAUGGAAGUGUACCAGCGGUCGGAUCUCUUCGAUCCGGCUACGACCACGUUCCGAACUUUUAAGGUUCGCAAGACGACUACCAUAGCGGAGCUGGCGUGUUUGGCAUCGAAAACGUUCAAAGUCGACCCGGACAAGAUGCGGAUGUGGACGGUGACGAAAAAUGGGGUCAGGAUACAUAAGUUUCAUCUGAUCGAUCCGACCGCUAACGAAACCUGCGGCAAAUACGGUUAUCAGGAUCCAAAGAACUCGUGGACAGUGUUUCUAGAGCUGGCGUCACCGGACACGAACCAGCUGCAGCCGAUGGAACCGACCGACCUUCUCAUAUUCUUUAAAUGUUACGAUCCUAUCGAGAAGCGACUCAACUACUGUGGUCAUGGAUUUUUCAAAACAAGUCGGGCUCUGUCGGAAAGCAGUUUCCAACAGGAGUGCAUUAGAAGGGCACAUUUCGAACCGGACACAGAAAUCACGCUGUAUGAAGUGACCGAUAUUAACAAAGCUGUCAAAAUGUUUGACCACCUGGCGAUCGAUGCGGCCCUGAACCCACCCAUGAAUGGUUCGAUAAUUAUCAUAGAAAAGCGAAAUCCAGGAGUGGAAAAUCUAGAGUUCCCGACCUGUGAAGAGUAUCUAAAGGACCUGUACUGCCGGGUCGAAGUAGUCUUCGUGGACACGCUAAACCCAAACGAUACUGGCUUCACUCUAGACUUGUCAUCAGAGUCGAAUUAUGAUCAAAUUGCGAAGGCUUGUGGACGGAAGAUUCAAUGUAACCCAUACGAGAUACAGUUUUUCAAAUGUAAGAAUUUUAGCGAUGUUCCCGGACAGCCUCUCCAGCAUAACUAUAACGGUACGUUGAAAGAUAUUUUGUGUUACAAUAAAUCGAAGUCGCCGAAAAAAUUGUUCUACCAGAAGUUGUCGAUCUGUAUCAACGAGCUGGAGAAUAAGAAGCAGUUCCGCUGUCUAUAUCUGAUGCCGAAUCUUAAGGAAGAGAAAGAGUUAAUACUGUACCCCAACAAAGAUGGCACAGUGCAUAAUCUACUGGCGGAGGCAGCGAAACUUAUUGAAUUCAGCGAAAACAGCACCAAGAUCCUUAGAAUAUCGGAACUCUCGAAGAACCGAUUGGCUCCGGGACCCCCUAAGGAUACUCCACUGGAUCAGUUGCACGAUUACACAGAGAACACGUUUGUGCAGCGGACAGCGAUUAAUAACCAGAAGAUGUACCGAAUAGAAGAGGUGGCCGAGGAUGAAAUCAACCUAUCGGAGAAUGAGAUGCUUGUUCCAGUGCUGCAUUUCAACAAAGACAUUGGAAGCGUUUUCGGGAUUCCUUUCUUCAUUCGGACGGUCCAUCAUGAAACUUUCGCCUCUCUCAAGGAACGCAUGAAGAAGAAACUGAACGUUUCCGACAAAGAAUGGGAGAAAUAUAAGCUAGCCAUUAUUACCGAACACAUCGACUACAUCGACGAUGAGACGAUUGAGAUCAAUCUGGACAUGUUCAAGACGGAUCCCAGCGAGCCCAGCUCACGGACUUAUCUCGGUUUGGAACACAUCAACAAAAAUACCAAGCGAAGCAGGUUUAACUACAUGGAGAAAGCGAUCAAAAUAUACAAUUAGGAUUUCCUGUUUCCUCUUGAUCCUCAGUUACACGCAUUCUCUCCCCAGUUCGUUAUUAAAUCCUUGCGUUACGCAACCUGUUUAUUUGGAGAGCAGUUCUCGCUUUCGUUCCUUUCUCGUCCGCAGCAGCCGCGAACCAUUUUGAUGAACAGCAGGAACAAUUUUUAUUGCUAGUAGUUUUAAUCAAUUAUUAAAUUGUGACAUGAAACAAAAACGAAAAAACAGCAUAAAUACAGAUUCAUGCCAGGUUACGUUCCAAAAAAAAAAAACAAGUAAAAUUAAA